GCAUACGCCCAGAGCGGCACAGCGCUGUGCCCAUAGGCAAUCAGGACCAAUGGCGUCGUCCGAUGCCGGAAGUUUGGUCUUUUGUGUCACUCUGGUCGAUUUCCGCUGGGAUUUGAGGAUCUAGAAACGAAGGCGGCGCCAUAGAGAAGGAAUAAGGCAUUGCUAAGGGAAGCGAGGCUUUGUUAAGAUAUUUAGAAGAAAUGCUGCUGAGGACUGUUAUUUAACACUGGAGUUCUUCCUUCUCGCCGUCCACCACAAUGCCUCUUUCUGACUUUGUUUUGGCACUCAAAGACAAUCCAUACUUUGGGGCAGGCUUUGGCCUGGUGGGCGUGGGUACAGCGCUGGCUCUAGCCCGCAAGGGGGCCCAGUUUGGCAUGGUGGCUUUCAGACGGCACUGCAUGAUCACUCUGGAGGUACCAAGCAAGGACAAAAGCUACUACUGGUUGCUGAGCUGGAUCUCUCAUCAUGCCAAGCACACCCAGCAUCUGAGUGUGGAGACCUCUUACCUGCAACAUGAAAGUGGCCGUGUCAGCACGAAGUUUGAUUUUAUCCCCAGUCCAGGGAAUCAUUUCAUUAGGUAUCAAAGGAAGUGGAUCCGCAUAGAACGGAAUCGGGAGAAACAAAUGAUUGACUUGCACACUGGCACCCCCUGGGAGUCUGUCACCUUUACAGCAGUAGGCAGCAACCGAGAGAUUUUCUUCAACAUCCUACAAGAAGCCAAAGAACUGGCCCUGAGGCAGCAAGAAGGGAAGACGGUCAUGUACACUGCCAUGGGUGCUGAGUGGAGGCAGUUUGGUUUCCCACGGCGGCAGCGCCCACUAACUUCCGUGGUGCUUGAUGAUGGUGUUUCGGAGAGGAUUUUGCAGGAUGUAAAAGAGUUCAUCGGCAACCCAAAGUGGUACAUUGAGCGAGGUAUUCCCUAUCGGAGAGGAUACCUGCUGUAUGGGCCCCCAGGCUGUGGAAAGAGUAGCUUCAUCACGGCCUUGGCAGGAGAACUGCAAUACAGCAUCUGUCUUCUCAGCUUGAGUGAUCGCAGCCUUUCAGAUGACCGCCUCAACCACCUGUUGAGCGUGGCACCUCAGCAGAGCAUAAUUCUCCUGGAAGAUGUGGAUGCUGCCUUCAUCAGCCGAGACACAGCUACUGAAAACCCCAAUAAAUACCAAGGCAUGGGACACUUGACAUUUAGUGGCCUUCUGAAUGCACUGGAUGGUGUAGCUUCCUCUGAAGCCAGGAUAGUAUUCAUGACCACCAACCACGUGAACAGGCUGGAUCCAGCUUUGGUUCGCCCUGGCCGGGUAGAUUUGAAGCAGUACGUGGGACACUGUUCGCGGUGGCAGCUCGGACACAUGUUCCAGAGGUUCUAUCCAGACCAGCCGCUUGCUGUGGCAGAGCGGUUUGCUGAACAAGCCCUGUUGGUCUCCGAUCAGAUUAGUGCUGCACAAGUGCAAGGCCAUUUCAUGCAAUACAAGGCAGACCCAGAGGGAGCCAUUAAAAACAUGCACGCUGUUGUAUCCUGAUCAUGGGCAAGCACUGAGAAGACUACGCAUGCAACGUUCCUGAGAGGAAGAAUGGUCACAGAGCCGAUUCACACAAAACAAACCAGGCAUGAGUGUGAUGCUGUUUAUAUGCUGACCUCAAUGAGGUCUUCUUUUUGUCAAGAAAAUAAAAAAAAAUUAAACCAGA